AUGGAUGUCAACCUGUUGUACUGGAAGAGCCAAGGGGAGUCUGUGUUUAGUCGUUUAAAAAUAUGGACGAAUCUUUUGGAUCCAUUACUACUUCUGUCAUCAAAUGAAGAAAUAAAGAAAACUCGUGCACAACUUAGAAGUGGAGAAACAAUCAACAAAACGGAUAAACAAGCAUGGAAAAUCCCCCUUGCAUCUGUCCAUGCUGAUUCUGGUUCCGUGCUUCCACUUGUUUUUCGCCCUCCGGCAUUUUUUCCAAUAGCAACUCCUUUGGUGGCUGCCAGCUUUCUUCCACAUAGAAAUGUCAAACCAGCUUUGUUCUGGCAGUUUUUACUUCAGAGUUACACUGCCGGCUUCAAUUACACAAACAGAAACUCUUCCUCGGAGCAGGGUCAGACAGUGUCUCUGAAGCAGCUCCUCUUGAUAACAGGGACGGUCUCAUAUGUAACAUGUGCUGGGGCCCUUCCUCAAAUUAUUGUGAACCAACUGAGAAUAAGUAGCCUACGUAUCCAAAACUUCUUGAGGUUUAUUGUUCCAGUCCCACUCUCAGCUACUCUUGCUUUCCUCAACGUGUGUACAAUCAGAGGUGAGGAAUGUGAAACUGGCAUUCAAGUGUUUGACUCCAAUGGGAAUUUUGUCAGCACAUCUAAAGCUGCAGCAGAAAAGGCUGUGAGGGAAACGGCAUUUUCAAGAGCAGUAUUGUUUGGGACAACUGCUGCAGUUCCUAAUCUCCUGGUUUCAGUCUUGAAGAGAACAAGAGCUUUCCAGAAGAAUACUUUGUUGGUUGCUCCUACCCAGCACAUAAGUGUUUUAUAUGUUUUCGGUUUGAUGAUCCCACUUUCACUCAGUCUUUUCCCUCAAUUAGGGAUGAUAAGGAAAGAAAAUGUUGAGGAAGAAGUACAGGUCAAGAUGACCGAAGGAGAGUUGUACUACCAUCGAGGGCUUUGA